AUGGCUCCUUUGCGACUUCUUGUGACGGCCCCUCCGGGCACAGGCAAGACGACUCUUUGUGCAAGCGUUUACAAGCGCCUGGCCGCCCAGAAAGACUUGUGUAUGAUGGACGGCUUCCUGAUGAAUGAGCGCAGGGACCGUGGGCGGCGGGUUGGUUUCGACUGCGUUUCCCUCGACCUCAAAAGUCGUGCUCCCCUGGCCGAUGCCAAUGGGCCCAACACGGGCUACAUGGUAGGCAAGUAUCACGUGCAAGUCGAGGACUUUGAGCGCUUUACGCUCCCGGUGUUGGACCGUGUGCUUGCUGGACAGGGUGGUGGCAAGCACACCGUCUUUGUCUUCGACGAAAUUGGGAAGAUGGAGCUGUUCAGCAAGGACUUUGUGGCGCGCGUGCGCCGGCUCCUGGAGAGCACAGACCCCAAACUCCACGUGCUGGGCACCGUAGCCAUGGCAGGGCCUGGCUUCAUUUCCCAGAGCAAGCGACUUCCUGGAGUUGAGGUGGUGGAGAUCAGCGUGCAGAACCGGGACGACAAGGUCGGGGAGCUCGCGUCUCGCUUUGAGGAGGCAUGCGGGCGAAGCGAUGGCGAUUCUGCGUCGGGGCCCGCACCCACACCAGAGCGACCACCUGGAACUGCAACCAGGGGCCGCUGGCGGCCCAAAGCGAAGCUGACUCCAGGUCCAUUUGCGGAAGAAGCAAACGAUGCCUCCGACCAGGCCGCCUUCGCGCCGCCUACACGACCUUCUGUCGCCACACCUGGAAGUGGCAGCGCAGUUGCCAUGGGAAAGGCAGCAUACGGUCAGCUGGGUCGAGGGGAGACCGCGCUGGAAUCCUCUGGCGAUCUGUUUGCACUUAGUGGCGUGGAGGGCUCGGUCGAUGACGCGUCCUGUGGCUUUGAUCACACUGGAAUAGUGGUUGAAGGUCAGCUGCUCCUUUGCGGAAAGAAUAACAAAGGCCAGUGCGGACGUCGAUCCAGCGGUGCCCGUGCAGACAAAGCCAGCCCAGACUUUUCAGAGGACCUGGCUUCCCCUCAGCCUCCAGAAGGCUUGCCGCGGGCGAAAGUGAAGCAGGUUGCUUGUGGUGGCGAGCACACCCUGGUGCUUCUGGAGACUGGGGAGGUGCUGUCCUGCGGCAGCAACGCUGCCGGACAGCUUGGGCUGGGUCAAGGCAGUCCGAAGAUGUCUGCCAGCUUCAGUCGUGUCAACCUGCCACCCGCGGAAGCCGUGAGCGCCGGCUUCUGUCACAGUGCAGCCAUCUGCAGUGAGCGGCUCUACAUGUGGGGCGACUGCAGCCAGGGGCAGCUGGGACAGGGCCGCCGUCAGCGAUCAGCACCAGAACCACAGCUGCUGGAUGUUGGGGGCCCAGUGCGUGCUGUGGCCCUGGGGCGUUGGCACUCGCUAGUUCUGAGCCUGGGAACUGUUUGGGCUUUUGGUUGGGGACGCUUCGGUGUCCUGGCACAAGGUCCGAAGAACAUGGAGAAUCAUCUCAGCCCAGUGAAUAUCGAGCGGCUACCAGCUCCCAUCCAUAUUCUGGCAUCAGGAGCUGUCCAUUGUGGAGCUGUUUGUGGCCCCACUCGACAGUGCUACAUGUGGGGUCGUGGGAACUUAGGCCGAUUAGGGGUUGAGUUGGGCUCCGAAGCAAACAUUGCGGUGCCGAAGCCAGUGCCCGGUUUGCGGGAUGUCACGGCCCUUGCGCUGGGAGGCGAUUUCUCAGCCGCCAAAGCAGCAGGCGAGUGGUGGAUGUGGGGGAAGAACGAGGAGGGCCAGCUUGGGCAGGGAAACGCCCAGAGGAACAACGUUUGGCAACCUGUGAGGCCCACAUUUGAGUCCUACUUCGUGCAAGUGUUCCUUGAGAAUGCAGCAGGGAACGUCUCCGAGGCCGUAACCAGCUGCGCCAAGUUCUUCUGUCUCCAGGCAGAGGGAAAGGAGCCUCUUCGCAAGGAGCUGCUGCUUGAGCUUCGAGAGGGGCUGGCUUUCCUUUUGCAGACCAUGUGCAAG